AUGAGCGACGCUAAUGAAUCUAAAGCUACUUCAGUGCUUCAAUUAACAGACUUUGUGACCGAUGAACAUCCAAGUACAUUUCUAAAGCUCACCAUGAGUCGACGGAUCAAAGAGAAUACAAUCACCAAGUCUAAACUCGUCCCAUUCCUAUUGCAAUUGUUGCAGUCGGAAUCUGUAGCCUCCACCUCCAGUUGCAGCUGUUUAAAUGACAAUGCUAUCGUCAAGCGCGUUGUUUAUGGAACGAGUUCGCGUCGUGUUAUUUUACUGGAACUAUUGAACGUUCAAGUCGCUCAGAAACUACGUGAAUUGCUCCAUAAACAGCCAUGUGAGCUACUAGGACGACGUCCCAUGUACGUCGAGUUUGUAAUGCGUAGGAAGGAGCAAGAACGUCGUGAUCAGCUCUUGAGAGUGCAUCAUGUACAACGUCAUGCUGCUUCUCCGGACCUACGAAUUCCAGGAUUGAGAUUUGAGACUGAGUUUAUCACGAAAGCACAGGAAAGUGCGUGUAUCGCUUUUUUUGAGCGAGAAGAUGGAGCUCAUUGGGCUAAUACUAUCCGAGCGAGACAAGUACAGCACUAUGGAUACGAGUUUAAAUAUGAUACGAGAAGAUGUGACCUUGAUAAGCCGAUUGAAGAGCCGAUACCAGAAGUAUUGCAACCGAUAGUUGACAAGAUAGAAGAGUGUGGGAUCAUGGAUGGCGACAAACCGGACCAGAUUACAGUGAACGAGUAUCUACCGGGACAAGGAAUUGCAUUCCAUUUAGACACACACUCGGCAUUUACUACCACUAUUGCAACCUUGAGCAUUUGUAGUGAAAUUGUGAUGGACUUUCGGCAUCCGGAUGGUGUUCAGCAUGAAGGUGUCCUCUUGCCAGCGCGGUCACUAGCUGUUAUGAGCGGGGCAAGUCGUUACAUUUGGGAGCAUGCCAUUCUUCCACGCACUUUUGAUGUGAUUGAUGGGAAGCAGGUGGCCCGCCAGCGAAGACUGAGCAUUACAUUCCGUAAGAUCCGAUUAGGACCAUGCGAAUGUCUAUUUCCAAAGUAUUGUGACACCCCGUUGCGUGAUGGACAGAAUCAUAGUGAGCAAGAGGCGGAUGUUAGCCUGGCUCCGACCGUGUUGGAGCGGCAGUAUGUUCAUGAAUUCUAUGAGACAGUAGCAGCGCACUUUAGCAGCACUCGACACAGCCCUUGGCCACGAGUUGCUCAAUUCGUAGCAUCCUUGCCGAGUGGUUCGAUGAUCGCUGAUAUUGGUUGCGGAAAUGGGAAGUACAUGAAGUGUGUGGAUUCAUCGCAGUGUUUCGUAGUAGGCGGUGACCGCAGUUUACGUCUCGUGAAUAUCUGUCGCGACCGCGGCCUUGAAACGAUGGUAUGUGACGCACUAGCAGUUCCGUUACGCUCGCAAUCGUGUGAUGCUGCACUGUCAAUCGCAGUGCUUCACCAUCUCAGUACUCUUGGUCACCGACUAGCGGCUGUGAAGGAGCUGCUUCGUGUUUUGCGCGUGGAUGGGCGUGGAAUCAUUUACGCAUGGGCACAUGAGCAAAUGACGGGUUCUCGUCGCCGUUUUGAAGAAGGUCGACAAGACUUCAUGGUGCCUUGGAAUCUGGACAAGCGCUUUGCAUUUUCCUCUGUGAAAGGUGCCACAGCCGCAAGAUCUACCGAUGCAAGCGAGGAAAACAUGAAGGCUGAAGAUUCUCUCAAUGAUUGUCUUGAUGGUGAAGAUAUAAUUAAUAGCGAUGAUACCAAUGAUAAGCUCACUACAAAGAUGCAAGAACGUGUGGUGGUUCAACGGUAUUGCCAUAUGUUUAAGCAAGGUGAACUAGAGAGCCUUGUAGAGCUUGCGGGUAUUGCCAAGGUAGAGACAAGCUACUAUGAUGAGUCAAACUGGGCUGUAAUUGUUCGACGCGUCCAUUGA